GAAACCCACCAGCCUCCGCCUCCGCUCCGCCGGUCCGCCCCACUCGCGCCCGCACCUCCCCCUCCCUCCUCCAGUCGCCUCCGCCGCCGCCGCCGACGAACCUCCCCCGCCUGGGCGCUCUCUCGAAGAAAACCUCCUCCCCUCUGGUCCUCCAAGGCCCUCCCUGUUCACGCGGCACCAGAGCUGCAGAACCCUAGAUAAACCCUGGUACGGGAGCUAAGCCCCCGCGCUGCUAUAUCGUACCUAGCGGCGGCGAUGGCGAGGGUCCUUCCCGGAGAGUGGGUUCCCCACGUAGAGGCCUACGUCGACGUCUCCCGGCCCGCCGCGCAACACUCUGCCAGUGUGGAUGCGCUUGCGGCCCUGGUGAACAAGGACAAGCUGACCCUCUUCGAUUUGGUGUCCAAGAUGGAGAUGUAUUUGACGACAACAGAUCACAUUGUGAGAUCAAGAGGAAUACUGCUCCUCGGGGAGAUAUUGUCUCGAAUUUCGGUUAAAUGGUUAGACGUCAAUACCAUCACAACUUUGUCAGAUUUUUUUAUAUCAAGAUUGUCAGAUUGGCAAGCAAUACGGGGAGCACUUGUUGGUUGCCUGGCACUAUUGCACAGAAAGCAAGGUGUUGGUUGUAUCGUAAUUGCCGAUGUCAAAAGAAUCGUUGAGUCUUUCUUACAGAAUGUUCAAGUGCAAUCACUUGCAGCUGCUGACCGCAAGCUGUGCUUCCAAAUUCUGAGCUGCAUACUGGAUCGGUACCCGGAAGUCGUCAAAACAAUGGAUGGUGAACAGCUGUACUGGAUCUGUGAAGCAAUUGAUGAAGAGAAGGACCCAGAAUGCUUGAAGCUUUCUUUUCAUGUAGUGGAAGUUGUCAUGAAGCUAUUUCCAGAUCCAUCUGGUUUGGCAGCGCAAUUUGCAAGCGAGUUUUUUGAGAUUUUAAGCAAGUAUUUUCCUGUCUACUUCACACAUGGAGUGGGCGAUGAUUUAAAUGCUACAAGGGAUGACCUUUCCAGAGCAUUAAUGCAUGCCUUUUGUUCCACCCCCUAUUUUGAGCCAUUUGCCAUCCCUUUGCUUCUCGAUAAGCUUUCUUCCUCUCUUCCCUUAGCAAAGAUUGAAUCUUUAAAAUAUCUGGACAAUUGCAUUCGCUUCUAUGGAACUGAUAGAAUGGUUAGACAUGCAUCGGCUGUGUGGUUUAAGUUGAAAGAAGUGAUUUUUAGCUCUUCUCCAGAGGAAUUUUUAUUAACAUCAGGGUCUCCAAAGGAUGCAGAGAAGAAUAAGAAUCAAAUGGUCUUAGAGGCUCUGAAAUGUUUGAAGACUGCUAUUAUGUGUAUUGAUUCUUCAGAUAAAGAUCUUUUCAUCAAUUUGAUCUUGUUGGACGAGGAUAUUGUGAAUAAGAUCCAUUCUAUAUCAAGUGAAGAAAAGUCCAUAUUGAGUUCAUUGGAAGAUCUGGCCCAACUGCAUGCACUCGGAAGUGUCAUUUCUAUUCUUUCUGAAUCAUCUACAUAUUUGUGUACCAGAGUCCUUCAAGAGCAUUUUACACAGUUGGUAGAUAUUUUGGGAACAUCAACUGACUAUGAAUCUCGGCAGUUGAAUACUUGCAAUGGAUCAUCUUCUGCAGCUGACAACUAUGGGGCGCUCUAUUUAUCUGUUCAAAUGCUUACAUCCUGUAGAGAAGUGGCUUUGGUAUCAUAUGCUGAUUGUUCUUCUAUUAAAUUAGCGAAGGAGUCCUGGUGGCUUAUCUUAGAGAAAAAGUUGGAUCGGCUAAUCCAUUUCCUUGGAUCAUUUUUAACUAUUGAUUCUGAAUCUAUGCAGUCAAUGUUCAGACAAGAAUAUGUCUCAUGUGCUGUGAAGGGCUUGUUAACACUAGCAACAUUCCCGGAACAGUGCUCACCUUUAACGGCAAAUGCUUAUGAGGAUAUUCUGGCUAUGCUUACUUCAGUAAUUAUAAGCAAGUUUGAAAAUGUUGAUUUAUGGAGAUUGUCAUUAAAAGCAUUGACUAGCAUUGGUUCAUCUAUUGGGGAGUUCCAUGCUUCUCAAAAGGAAGUGAUUUACUGCCAAACAGUUGUUGACAAGAUUGUUUCUUUGGUUGAAUCUUAUGAUGGCCCAAUGCCUCUCAGCCUAAGACUUGAAGCAAGUUAUGAAAUUGGAACUGCUGGGUUCAACUAUAUGUUAAGGGUUGCUAGAUCACUUGAAGGAGCUGUUGUCACCAAUAUUUCUAAGACUAAUGGAGGAAUGGAAUGCACUGAACAUGUAGCCCAUUUAUUUGAGUGCUACUCCGGUCAGGUCCUUCCUUGGUUGUUUACUUCUGGUGGUAUCAAUGAACUUGCAUUGAGCUUUGCGAUGCAUCUUUUGGAUGAGAUUAAGGACUUAACUAUGUUAGAUAGAAUUGGUUCACAGGGCCUCCUUGACUCACUAAUGGCAGGAAUGAAGCUUUUAGUUGGAGUCUGUACAGAGGAGCAACAAACACGGAUUGUUCAGAAAGCAUAUAGCAUGGUAUCAUCAGUGAUCCCACUGCCGUUGAAAUCAAUGGCAUAUCAUCUUUUGUCUGCAGAUGAGUUAGUUCCUUCACACACUGUUCAAGAAACAGCUCUGGUUGGCAUGCUUUCAUCGGUUAUAGUUGGCCUUCGGCCUCAAACACCUGCACCAGAUAUGGUAGUGAUGAUCAACCUCUUUACAGUCUUUCUACUGAAUGGGAAACUGCCAGCUGCUUAUGCAUUAGCUUCUGUUUUCAAUAAGUAUCUACACAAUCCAGAGUUCUCACACGAGAAUCAGCUGGAUAAAAUACUUGAUGGUAUUCUUGAGAGGUGUUUCUCAACUGUAUUAGCCAGCAACCAGUCAAAGAUAUCCCAGUCUGGAAAUGUACUUUCUAAGAUUGAUAUCUUGUCUGGCUUAGCCUGGAUUGGCAAAGGAUUACUUAUGAGAGGAGAUGAGAAGGUGAAGGACAUUUCGAUGUUUCUGCUUAAGUGUCUAUGCUCAGAUGAGACUUUGGCUACUAUUCCAUCCCACGAGGAAGAAUCUUAUGUCAAUGAUUCAUCAAAUACUUCUAUUGCAACAUCCGCAGCUGGUGCAUUCCAUGUAAUGAUGAGUGAUUCAGAAGUCUGCCUAAAUAAAAAAUUUCAUGCAAGAAUAAAGCCAUUAUAUAAGCAGCGUUUCUUCUCAAUCAUGAUGCCAAUCUUCCUCUCUAAAAUCAAGGAAGCAACGUCAAUGACAACAAAAUUGGCACUGUACCGAGCUUUUGGGCAUAUCAUUUCCAAUGCUCCAGUACCAGCAGUUAUAACUGAAGCACAUCAGAUUUUACUCGUGAUGGUUGAUAGCUUAGCUAAAUUAAGUGUGGAUAUCCAGGACAAGGAUUUAGUGUACAAUUUGUUACUUGUCCUGUCUGGAAUGUUGAUGGAUGAAAAGGGCAAAGAGUGCAUUCUGGACAAUGUCCACAUCACCAUCAGUGUUCUUACCCAACUUGUUUCCUAUCCUCAUAUGAUGGUUGUUCGGGAGACAGCUUUACAAUGUUUAGUAGCCUUUUCUACUUUUCCUCACUCAAAAGUUUUCCCUAUGCGGCGAAAGGUUCUACAAGCAGCAAUCAAGGCUCUCGAUGAUAAGAAAAGGGCUGUUCGUCAAGAGGCUGUUCGAUGUCGACAAACAUGGCAGUCGUUUGCUUAAGGUUUGCUUAAGGAUGGGCACGCUUUCAGUGGUCUGACAAGUUGGCGAGUUGCUUACUAGGCGAUCCUGUUGUUACUUGAUGAGUACGCACGAUUGGAUUCACUGCGCCAUCACAUAAGGUGAGAGUGGACACUGCGGAUUGGUUCAUGUCUGAAAUCUUUUCUUUGGAUCAGCUGCUAAGUUCCGAAUGUUGGGUGAUUCUCUGAAGAACCAUGAAACUAUGGGAGAAAAGUGCCUGGAGUUAGCCCUCCAUCUGGGUUGCCAUUUGCCAGCGUUGCUCUGUUUCUUGAUCCGGAACAUUGUUUUGCAGGAUGCAAAACCAAAUUGGAUCACUUGAGAAUGUAACCCUGGUCUCGCUAAUGCCUUGCAUGUUAUCCCCCCUGAUGUUGGCCAUGCCUUGACAGUUUAGUUUGCUUUCAUGUUUCGAGCAGGCCCUGAGUGUCUCAUCAAGCAUGGCUCAUACGCUGUGUUGCAAAAGAUACCUAGAGUAAAUUGCGUUCACCAUACAACUAGAGUAAAUUGCAUUCACCGUACAACUUGUCAAGUAGGUGCAGAUCCAACAAUUUGUACAAUGCUCAACCUAGUACAAUAACUUGACAUGUGGGUGCAGGUGCAGAUUGGUUCAA